GCUAAACUUAGCUUUACGUGUUCUAAGAUUUAUACCAAGAAAUUAAAUGUCUUCUGAUAAAGCUUCUUUGUAACAUACUUCUCCAUGUUUGGCUUGCUAUCUGAGAUAAUUUGGAGUAGAGGCACUGGCAUGAGCAUGUGCACUGAUGCAGGCAUAUCAAGGAAAGAAUGGGAAAUGGCAAGGAUCAGUAGGGGGCUUAGUUGAUGCACCGAUGGACAAAGUAUGGCCAGUGGUCACUCAAUCCAAAAGGCUACAGGAGUGGAUGCCAAUGGUUGAGAGAUGCACCGAUGUAGCCGGAGAGGAAGGCGUUCCAGGCUACGAAAGGGUCGUUUCAGGCUUCAUGUUCCCGCUGAAAGAUGGAGAAAGGUCAUGGAUCAGAGAGAAGCUGCUUUCCAUGGACCCAUCAGCUCACUGUUACAGUUACAAACUGGAAGCAAGCAACGUGGGCUUAGAUGGAUCCGUCAACACAUUAAAGCUUGUGGACUAUGGAGAAGAUUCAACAUUAAUUGAAUGGAAGUUUGAGAUAAAUCCUUUGGAAGGUGUUUGUGAAGAGAGCAUCAUUGAUUAUCUGGGAUUUCUUUACAAAUCUUGCAUCAACAAAAUUGAAGGUGCCAUUCAAGCAGCCGCAGCAGAAUCUAAAUAUGUUUGAGUAGAAACCGUUUCUUUUCUAAACUUUGAUAGGUAACAAUUUAACUCUCACGUAAUAGGAAACAGCAGAAUCUAAACUUUGGUAAGUAACAAUUUAGUUGAAUUUAGUCCUCAACGUAGAUGGAAUUUACCAAAGUUUAAUGUCAACUUUUACCUAAUGUAGAUUUGUAUUUCAAAAAUUGUUGAGUAUUCAAUUAAUUUAUCAAU